UGUUUCCGGUCGCUUGAUGGAGGAGCAGCUGUGAUCUAACGGACAGAGGAAGCUCGGGGACCGAUAACAGGGAGGUACUGGAUCCAGGUCCUCCGGUUUAAGGGACCUAACCCGGGUACAGGAGGACUUAGACCAUGGUGAAGAUCCCGGGACUCAUGUGGAUCAGCAGAGUCAGAGACAGCACCUCAGUUCGGGAUGUGGAGGAGGAGAUAUAAUCACUAACGGGCAGGAACGCGUCGGGCUCCUCUUCCUCUUCUUCCUCCUCUUCCUCCAUUUUGGUUUCAGUGAUGGAGAACAUCCGGACCCCCAAGGUGGAGAAUGUGCGUCUCCUGGACCGCUCGUCCGGUCAGAGGAAGGCCAGCGUCGGGACUCUCUACCUUUCUGCCACGCACACCAUCUUCGUAGAGAACAACCCGGAGACACGCAAGGAGACCUGGGUGCUGCACAGCAUGGUGAGCAGCGUGGAGAGACCGCCCACCAUCCCCGCAGGAAGUCAGCUGAUCCUGCGCUGUAAGGACUUCAGGGUCUACCAGAUCCUGAUUCCACAGGAGAGAGACUGCAUGGACAUCCACGCCUCUCUGAACCGGCUGUCACGGCCAGAGAAGUACAGUGAGCUCUACUGCUUGUCCUUCAACCCGAAUGUGAACAAAGAGGAGCGAGAGGAGUCUUGGAGGUUCAUUGACCUCAUGGAGGACUACAAGAGGAUGGGAGUACCUAACAACCUGUGGGUCACGACGGCAGCUAACAGUGAAUACAGGGUGUGUGACACGUACCCGUCAGAGCUGUUUGUACCGAAGUCCGCCACACCGGCGAUCAUCGUGGGCAGCUCCAAGUUCAGGAGUCGAGGACGCUUUCCUGCUCUGUCCUACUUCCACCAGGACACACUGGCCGCUGUGUGUCGAUGCAGCCAGCCGCUGUCAGGCUUCAGUGGACGCUGUCAGGAGGACGAGAUGAUGCUGCAGGCUGUGAUGAAGUCCAACCCGGGCAGUGAGUACAUCUACGUGGUGGACACAAGGCCCAAGCUGAACGCCAUGGCAAACAGAGCAGCAGGUAAAGGCUACGAGAACGAGGAUCACUACACCAACAUCAGGCUGCAGUUCAUCGGCAUCGAAAACAUCCACGUGAUGAGGAGCAGCCAGCAGAAGAUCAUCGACGUGGGCGAGAUGAGGACUCCGUCUAUGACUGACUUCCUGUGGGGUCUGGAGAACUCUGGCUGGCUCAAACACAUAAAGGCCGUACUGGAUGCUGGAGUCUUCAUAGCCAGGGCAGUAGCAGAUGAAGGAGUGAGCGUGUUGGUUCACUGUUCGGAUGGCUGGGACCGAACGGCUCAGGCCUGCUCUGUAGCCAGCAUCCUGUUGGACCCGUUCUACAGAACCAUCAGAGGACUCAUGGUGCUGAUAGAGAGAGACUGGGUUUCAUUCGGACACAAGUUCUCCCACAGGUACGCUCACCUGGAUGGAGAUCCUAAAGAGGUGUCUCCCGUCAUCGAUCAGUUCCUGGAGUGUGUGUGGCAGCUGUCCGAGCAGUUCCCGUGUGCCUUCGAGUUCAACGAGCGCUUCCUCACCGCCAUACACACGCACGUCUACUCCUGUCAGUACGGGACCUUCCUCUGCAACUGUCAGAAAGAACGCAGAGACAUCAGGCUCCACGAGCGGAGUCACUCUGUGUGGCCUCAGCUGUGGAAGGACCGAGCCGAGUACACCAACCCUCUGUACAAGGCCGAGCUGAGCCAGAGCCAGGGCGUCCUGAGACCCAACACCACCCCCUACUGCUUCAAGAUGUGGAAAGGUCUCUACAACCACGUGGAGAAGUCUACGCCUCCCCGUCAGUCCCCUUCAGACUACCUGUCUGCAGUGAGGGAGGACACCCAGCAGCUGGAGGAGGAGCUGACCAAUCACCAGGAGGUACCGCCAGGAGGAACCGCCCACCACCACCAGCACCACCCGGGCUCCAGACAAGCGGAUCGCGGCUCUGAUGGGGAAAACAAUCACGUGGGAGAAGAUCGAGGUUCCGAGGAGGAGGACUAGCCACCUGCAGCAGAGACACUGCGGGCCGGACCCGCCCUCCACUUACACGCACCCAAUCACCAGCCCUGCACAGGACAAUGGCAACGCCCUCUCUCCUGAACCAGCCAAUCAGAAGGCUCACACCAAGGACCCUGCCCUCACUCUGCCUCUUGGACCGCACACACAUCUCAAGAGCCAGGACCCUGAUGAUCUCUCCGCCUGCAGCGACCUGGAGUCAGGAGUGGCUGACCUCAGCAGCCGCUCGUCCAGCGGCGGGGACGAAGGCAAGGACCAGAGCGAGGCCGCCUUCACUUCUGCCUGACUGUAAAGAGAAUGAAUCUCUAAAACUAGACGAAUACAACCCUAAAAAUAUUUAUUCAUGCACCUGAGGGAGAGUGAACAGGUGAGGCCGGCUGCUGACGGACGGAGAGGCAGGUGGGUUUCCAUCUUUAGGUUUUAAAGGGAGUGUAAGUAAAUCAGGGGAAACUGUGGCUGUGUGAUGAAGGCACUGAGAGAGGCCGUGUUUUUAUUUCCUGCUCUGUUGAAGAAAGGCUUUUUUUUUACUGUUCUUUGUAAUGCUGUUACUACUGUGAGAAGGAUGAAUGUUACAUGAACCCAGCCUGGAAACGUUCAGGGAUCUGUCCCCGUCUUUAUUCAAGAGUUCAAGGCUUUGAGAUAACAUCGUCACGCUUCUCCUCAAAGUCCUGCCCUCACAGUCAAACAGUUCCUGCUCGUGCUUCGAGUUAAACAGCAGAGGAAUCAGGGGAAUGUACAAGUGAAAGCAGGGAGCAUUAAAGUGCAGGAUUAAAAAAGGCUUUCAGCAGUUUUGUUCUUCCUCGCUUUAAAUGAAGACUGGAAAAAAAGAUGAAAGUGUUCAACCAUAGACUGUAUAUAUAAUGGACAGCAUCGCUCUGCCUUUUACCAUUGUAUGGUUUUGAAGCCAAAAUAUCCUGUUCUAGAACGCUGCCAUCUUGUAAAUUUUCUGCAACCAGAGUCUGCGCGGUAGGGAAUUUGUGUGUUUCCACGGUAACAAGCUCCGCCCUACAGCGUACCAUCCCGAGGUUCUCUCUCCAGCAGCUGUCAAUAUAUACAGUCUAUGUGUUCAAUGCUGACGAGAGAAGGGAAACAAAGUUCAGAGAGUAGAAGAAACUCCCUGAUGCGGGUCCUCAUUUAUCAUGAACUCAGCCUCAGACCUUUCCAUAAAGAAAGCAGAAUAAUGGAAGGUAUCCUCAGUCCUUUAUUUUCCUUAUCGUGUAAAUGAGCAGUUUUACUCCUCUGUUUCCUCUGAGGUGUUUGCUAGUAGGGCCAGUAGACCUGUAACGCGAUUAGACGUUAUAAGAUAAGAAGUCCCAGACCUGUGAAUGUUAGGAUCUUUAGACGUGUCUCCAGCUCUUCGUUAUAACUUUGGAAUUUUCGUCUUCGUCUCAUCAGAAUAAGCAGAGCAGUAAAGUUACUGUCAGAGAACAAGUGAAACGUUCUGUUAUUUAAUGUGAACACUGAGAGAUCGAUGAGCCCAACGCCUGAAUCGUCUUCUCUCACUGGAACUGGAAAGUCUUAAAUUACAUCUUCACUUGUAAGUCUUCUAAACUCUUUAUUCAAGAGGUUUCUCCCACUAGGGGUCAGUAUUUAGGCUUUUAGAGAUUAAAACCACGUACUUAUUUAUCUCAGAUAAAAAACUAAAGAGUUCAGAUAAGAGCAGCUUCAAAUAAAAAUGCAUCUUUUAAGAAAUUCAACUUCCAUCCCGCAUUAAAAACAGACAUGACUCUAGUGGAAGUCACUGCAUUAAAAACAGACAUGACUCUGUCGUGGAAGUCACUGCAUUAAAAACAGACAUGACUCUAGUGGAAGUCACUGCAUUAAAAACAGACAUGACUCUGUAGUGGAAAUCACUGCAUUAAAAACAGACAUGACUCUGUAGUGGAAGUCACUGCAUUAAAAACAGUCAUGACUCUGUAGUGGAAGUCACUGCAUUAAAAACAGACAUGACUCUGUAGUGGAAGUCACUGCAUUACAAACAGACAUGACUCUGUAGUGGAAAUCACUGCAUUAAAAACAGACAUGACUCUGUAGUGGAAGUCACUGCAUUAAAAACAGACAUGACUCUGUAGUGGAAGUCACUGCAUUAAAAACAGACAUGACUCUAGUGGAAGUCACUGCAUUAAAAACAGUCAUGACUCUGUAGUGGAAGUCACUGCAUUAAAACAGACAUGACUCUGUAGUGGAAGUCACUGCAUUACAAACAGACAUGACUCUGUAGUGGAAAUCACUGCAUUAAAAACAGACAUGACUCUGUAGUGGAAAUCACUGCAUUAAAAACAGACAUGACUCUGUAGUGGAAAUCACUGCAUUAAAAACAGACAUGACUCUGUAGUGGAAGUCACUGCAUUAAAAGCAGACAUGACUCUGUAGUGGAAAUCAUUUCACACAUCCUCUGGACUCUUUCUGGAAACAGGGUCGUAUAACAAGCCUCCAGAGAUCUCAGCGGUACAGGAAACCUUUAAGGUAAAAAUCCUGUCCAUCCCAGGACCCUAAACACAUCAGUGCGCCUGACUCUCAGAUCAAAUAUGCCAGAGUUUAUCUUGUUAUCAUUUCUAUCCAAUCACAGCACAGUAAAGGGACGAUCCUAACUCCUUAAUAAAACACUAUAUUAACAGCCUGACUGUAGAUCACAGCACGCUGAAACUUUAAGACGAGCAGCAGGAACAAAACAGAACAAAAUGUGAAUGUUUACAGACGCUGACGUAGUUUGAUUUAGUCUUUUUGUGUGUUAUAUGUUUUAGAGUCCUUUAUUUAUUUAUUUUUUAUGUUUCAUUUGACUAUAACGCUGAACAUCUGCACAUUAACUCGACGUCUCCUCAGAGGCCAUGAUCAUUAAACUCUGAUAUGUUUCUCUUAUUUUACACACUGUGGGAGACGGACGUGUGCUCUACGAGCUAAAGAGCUGAUCGCUCGUCUCCUUUCAGGUUUAUUCUUCUACUUUUUGCAUUCCUGCUGAAGCUCUGGAAACAAAUGAAAACACAACUUUGAAACCUUUGAGUCCAGAUUUAAACAAGCACAUAACUGACCCUCCAAAAACCCUGUACAGUCAGUGUGUGUAAACCUGAGUCCACGUAGCUGAGGCUGCACGUACUCCUUUAGAGACCGUUUGUUUUACCAACACAUGCUCGCUGAGUCUUGAAGAUACUGACAGUCUGAGUCCACUGCUGAGCAGUGAGACCUGGUUCAGGUGUUAACAGGUAGCCCAGUGUUAAAGCCUUGAGGAUCAUGUUUACACCUUUAUUUGGCCAAAUGAAGAAAAGAGUGAAGAAGUUUUUCCUCCCCUCUGAUGCUGUUAAACUUGAAGAUGUUCCCCUGUUGAAAGCUGUUAUUAAAGUAAACAUAAGUGUUGGUGACAUCGAGCUGAAGGUCUCAUCUUCGUAACUUGUAAAUUUCUCUGUAGCCUGUGGUGUGUGUGUUUCUGUGUGUGUUCUGUAUCCAUUGAUGUAAAUGACCUAUCAAUAAAAGCACUGUUAAAGGGAAAAACUGCAAAA